AAAAAUCCAUACAAGUUUUCAUAAACCAAAUGCAUGAAUGGAUUUUCUCCUAUUUAUAUUGAUCAAUACAUCAAAUUCUAGCUAAUUUAAAAUUUGCCUACUAUAGAAAAUAUUUUUGUUAAUUAGCCCUGAAUUUUAGUUCAACAGUUGUUUGGUACAAAAUGCAUUCAGUUGAUUCUAACAAUGGCAAAAACUUUUGGAAAAAAUCCAACAAACUUGUGCCUGGGAGAGCUGUUUAUGGAGCAAUGCAUCCUCCUUUAGCACAGCCUGGCAAGUCAAAGGUGAGCAGUCCUGAGAAGGAGCGCAGCAGCAGUACAGGCAUCUCCCGCAGCUCUGGCCAAACAUCCGACAGCUUCCGCAAUUAUUGGGAAAGUGUUAAUGAUGCCUGGGAGUGUGAGGAUGAUGAAUUUACCAGCCUUGCUGAUGGCAAAAUUUCCAGUCACGUGUCUGCUUGUGCUGCCUCACAAGUGAUAGAUCGUCAUCGCUCCGGACUUCUUCCUCCUCCCCUUGCAACCAAAUCUACAUCUGCUGCUGACAGUGUCUCCUCUGGCCACCAAGACUCGAGACAAGCGCCUAUUGUGUCCACUCAAAAAACCAGAUCUGUAUCUGAUGGCAGCAUCUACGGCCCCUUUAAUGAUGGCAUUCUUGACAAUAGAAAGCAUCUUCCUCAACCUGCAGGGUCUGCUAAAAGUUUGAGAGCUGGCAACGCUACUGUGAGUCCUACUUUGAGUCCUGCCCAUUUGAUGCUCCCCAGCAAUCAUCAUCAGCAUAACAACCUGAGAGAGAGGCUCACUCAUGACCCUGAUCGUGAGCGUGAGAGUGGCCGCCUGGACCGCUUCGAGGAGGUGUUGUAUGGCAGCCGCAGCGCUGAUGUCGCCGAGCUCCGCAAACUAUCUUGGUCUGGCAUCCCUCCUAAGCUUCGUGCCGACACCUGGCGUGCCCUCAACGGCUAUCUUCCUGCCAACUUUGAGCGGCGUCAGGAGGCGCUGGAGAGGAAGCGUAAGGAGUAUUGGAACUUCGUGAAGCAAUAUUACCACACUCGGCAUGAAGACCAGCACAGCGACACCUUCAGACAGAUCCACAUGGACAUCCCGCGUAUGGCGCCGCUGAUCAGCCUGCUGCAGCAGCCCGUCGUGCAGGAGAUGUUCGAGAGGAUCCUGUUCAUCUGGGCCAUCCGCCACCCCGCCUCGGGAUACGUGCAGGGCAUCAAUGAUCUCGUCAUCCCGUUCUUUGUGGUCUUCCUCAGCGACGUCAUCCCACCAGGCAAGGCGGUGGACACAUACGACGUGAGUUUAGUGUCAGGGUCGCUGUGUGAGGGCGUCGAGGCGGACAGCUUCUGGUGCUUGAGUCGCCUGCUCGACGGCAUACAAGACAACUACACAUUCGCACAGCCCGGCAUACAGACCAGAGUCACACAGCUGCGCGAGCUCGUGUCACGUAUUGAUGAAGGCCUGCACCGGCACCUGGAGCGCCAUGGCAUCGAUUACCUGCAGUUCUCCUUCCGUUGGUUCAACAACGUCCUCAUGAGAGAACUUCCUCUCAGCUGCACCGUCAGGCUGUGGGACACUCUGCAUGCGGAACAAGAAGGCUUCUCCCACUUCCUGCUGUACGUCGCGGCUGCCUUCCUCAGACACUUCUCCCCCAGACUCAUGCAGCAGCAGGACUUCCAGGGACUGAUGCUGCUACUGCAGAAUUUACCAACGAGCAACUGGACUGACAGUGAAAUAAGUCUUGUUGUGGCUGAGGCUUUCAAACUCAAGUACAUGUUUGCGGAUGCGCCCAAGCACUUACUUAACCAACAGCAAGCGCAGCAUUACCAGGCCGGCGGCCACAAGUGACCUUCUGAAGCUGCAAGCCUUGCACGCGGAUGAGCAAAUGCUGAGCGGCUGGAGCCAUGGUGUUUAUUGUUAAUGGCGGUCGUCCCGCGAAAAUACGUUUAAUGAAUAUGCAACAGAUUGCGAUGUUGAGCCAUCCUAACACUGAUCAGUGUUAAUUAUUGAGAGGAGCUAACUCUUAACGAGGGUGUUGGGUAAUGGUGACUGGACAAUGGCUAACACUGCGCCUUAGUCAAUAGACUGGGAAAAAGAAAGGUUUCCGAACUUCCUUCCCCACACUCAAGCGCUAUUUCUGAGUAUGUUGACCAUCUGGGUAUUGUAUUCGAUGUACGUAGUAUUUUUACAUUCACGCUGAACUUAAUUUAACAGUGAAAUAUUAAAUCAUAGGCAAAAUCUUCAGAGCCGCCAAUGGCAAGCUUGAUUUAAAAUUAUAUCUAGCGAUCUAGCGAGCUCAACUCUGCAAUAUCAGGAUAACGCCAAAUCCAUGGAGGAAUAUCAUGAAAUAAUUACAGGUAAUAGUGCGUGCGAGCAAUGUAGAGAUGAGCCUCGCUGUGCGUUAUAUUUAACACUCUUUACUUGAAAAAAACAUCGACUCUAGAUUUAAAUGCUGCCUACUUUUUUUCAAAGAAAAUGAACAAGUAAUCACUUCCCAUCGUUUGUGGACUUUGGUUUGUUCUACUGUUGUUUCCGAGCCACUGUGCAUGACGCAAGAGAUCUAACUUAUACCUAUAACAAAAUUCUGUGAGGUCCCCCGUGUUGUGGUUAAUUUCGGUUGCUGCCGUACGAUUCUCUUCCAAUUUUUUGUUAUACAUUGUAUUCACAAAAUGUUUGAUUAUUAGUGUUAAGUAUUCAAAGUUAAGUUAUGUGGAAGAUUCUUCUUGAGAUGAAUAUUGUUAAUAUAUUCGUGGUUUGUUUGCGGUUACUCGUCUGAUAUUCGUUAAGGUGUGAGCCAACUCACGUACGGUGUAAUGUACCAUAAAAUAUCUGUGAUGCCCUAGCAUUUGUGCCGUGACUCUGGAGCGCGCACUCCACGAGUGUACUCGGUGUACUCUGCUUCAGAUUUUAACGCAGUGUAAUAUUCAACUGUAUGCAUGAAUGCGAGCUUCAUUACAAACUGAUCUUUAUUUAAAGCUAUUAAUUUUUCGCUUCUGUCACGGUUGUGUUAGGAAGGAGCUAAUCCCCGACUGCGAUAUCGUGUAAAAAGCUCCACGCCUCUCGACUAGCGACAACAUGCAGAUCGCUAGCAAUUGUCUCUAACAUAGGAAAACUUACUAUGACAUCUUGACGCGACUUAGUGACUUUAAAUACUGAUAUUAUGCUCGUUUUGGGAAUAUAUUCUGUCGUAGUUGUUAGCUCGCUUAAGAGGCUUGCUGCUAGCUCUGCUCGCUUCUGGCCAGGGUGGCAUUGCGUUGCCAAUUCCAAACUAUUCUGAUUGAUGAUUGCGUCGUGUUUCAGUGAAUGUGAUGAGUGCAGGGAAUGAUGAUUGCGUCGUGUUUCAGUGAUUGUGAUGAGUGCAGUGAUUGAUGAUUGCGUCGUGUUUCAGUGAUUGUGAUGAGUGCAGUGAAUGAUGAUUGCGUCGUGUUUCAGUGAUUGUGAUGAGUGCAGUGAAUGACUAUUACGUUUGUAGUUUUAUGCUACUUAGAUGGUGCGCAAGUACCGGUGUAUGUGGUAAAUUUUCUAGAGUAUUAAAAUCAUCAUUUUGGUCCUAAUUUCUUGAUUCCAAACUAUUUCAUAGAAAAACAUUUUCAGGUUUUUCCACAAUUUUCCACUAAUGAUUCUUGAUUUAUUAGCUCGAUAGAUUUCUGUGCAGUUAUGGAUGUAAGGCUAAGUGUGUUAAUUUUUUGACAGCUUUGAGUGGGCAGCCUAACUCGCUAUCUAUUUUCUUUGAGAGGUCAGAGGUGAGGAGUGUAGGUACCCUGUGUACUAUUUGUGGCUGGUCAUGGGCUUCUGAACAAGCUUACUGGUGGGACUUAGGGAAUUGAAAUUGCCUAGCCACUCUUGGGCGCAAGCGUUGAUAAUCUCGAGUUGUUAUUCUGACAUCAGUCGUGCUUCUGACAUCAGUUGUACACGAAGUGAGCGAUCGCCUGUUAUGCACCAGCGCGUCUUCCCGCUGGGUUACCUACGUUCAUUGGUGUUAUUGAUAGAAUUACUCGUUGACCAUAACGUUAACGCUUGGAAUAACCACGUCAUAACAUUUUUGUAUAUUCUUUAGUACUCUGCCCACCAUUCCCGUUUUUUUAUCGCAUAUCUGUCCUUUAUUCUCGUUGUAUCAUAGAGGUUCUGGUCCCUAGAAAAUUGAAUUCCACUAUCAGGGUCGGCUUGAACUCCAUCAUAGACUGCGAUUUCGCUCGUCUAGAGCUGUUUCUUACAACUUCCUAUUUUCAGCUACGUUGUGCUCUCAAAUAAUUGCUUUUUAUUAAACUAAAGAAUUGGGCAACUCAUCUUGGUCAAUAGUUCUUAACACUUGCUCGAUUAACAGAGUAAGCAGAAUUAUUUUUUUUUUGCAUGUUAAAUCCGAUUAAUAUUGUACUACGCUACAAUAUAAAAGAUCUGUACUAUGUUUUUGAUUUGGGUGAAAUGAUUAAAGUUAUCACAUAACACGGUCUUGCAUUUGGCCCGUAAGGAGGUAUGCUGCGUGUAUCUUUUGCCCAAUGCUUAAUAUCAGCUCUUUUCUCAAAGCCAUGGUUCAGUUUACCAAUUAUUUACUACUAUACUUUUUAAUAUCUAUGAUGAGGGUGAGAAACGCUGUCCGAUUUAAAUUGUGCGAACAGUCAUUUGGUGUGCACAUGAAGCAUCAAAUUGAAGCUCCUGCGAAGGGUACAAAUAUUUUUCACAGAAGUAACUUUUGUGUUGUACUUACGUACAUAGAACUGAUAAUGGUUUGUUAGGGCAUGCACAUAAGCUGCGUAUUUCGGUUUACUUUAUUUUCUUAAUAGAGUGAAUUUUAUUUUGGCGUCACUUGAAAAUUUGCGAAGCCGUCAAUAACCGAGGUAUCGGCACGUCGCAGGGUGUAAAUAUACUGACUAUAUUUGCCAGUAUUUAAUUUUGAUUGAAACAACAGGUGAAGAAAAUGUGUGUUGUAUGUACGAAAUCUUUGUUUCCUUUUAUUGUUGUGAUUGUCGUUGAAUUGAUGUUAGUGAGUCGAACUCGGGUUCUUUCUUAAUAAGAAGCAUUGCUAUGUUUACGUGCAGGCUUCGACACGAAGCGACGGCUCUAAAAUCAAUACUGCGUGUAGUAUUGUAAGUGAGAUUAUUAAGAUAAUUCUACCAACUGCCAGAGAAAAGUGCAAUAAAUGUCAGGACAUUUGGAUCUAUGAUUAGAGUUUAAACUGCAACGUCGGUGAAAAAGAUUAGUAUUAGUUAGGCACGAGUACCGACUUAAGUGGAUUGAAUUACGAUUCUUGGCAAGUUCAUUUUAAGCUUAAAAUGUUAUCAACCUCCGAUUAUGAUAGGGACGUAACACAAACUUGCGAUUGCAUGCAAACAAGCGACCAUUGUUAGCAAAUAAUCAAUUUUUUAAUGUAUUAUCAUAGCUUAUAGGGGGUCGCUCUGCGGGUAUAGUUAUAAAACCUCGCUGUUAUCUUUCCUGUUGGGCAUUCUUUCGGCUUCUGCAACACAAACCAAAAUUCUUACGACGGCCUUGUGGCUUGUGACGCGUCAGUUUUUCUAUAGCUUUACAGACCUAUAGGUAUUAAUAACUACUUAAGAAAGAAUGAAUUUUGCGUUAUGUUCACUCAUUAAGCAGGCUGAGCGCUAUUGAAACCUGACAGUAUUUCUAUCAAACUCAGUACGGCGGCUAAGAAGUAUAGCAUCUCAGUGGGCUUCUUUCCUCAUCAAUUCAAGGGUGAAUUGUUGUUACUUGAAGCAUCGCAUCUCUUCAUGCAGUUAUUGUUGCUAUGUGCAAAGGUUCAGCACCUCACAGGCUACGAGGUCAAUUAGAUUUCCAACUGAUAUUAGUUUAUUUCUAUCCAAGUAUGGCCCUGUUCUGACAUAGCAUUUCGCAUUUUCUCUAUAUGUACAAAUGGAAUAAUGAAUUGCGAGAAUGAGAACAAUAAACUGCCGACUCCUCGCCUUUAUUUCUCGCUAUUUAUUCUGGGAACGUCCCAAAGUGAAUGGUUUUAGUUCAUGAUUAAUUAUGUAAGAAAUGUAGCCACUAUAUAUUCAUAAGCAAUUUUCUUCAUAAUUUUUUAUACGUAGUAGAGGCUUAGAUUUUUUAUUGCGCGUUGUUAGAUUUUCGAUAGACCAGCAUUGCUGUAUUUAGUCGAGCCUGAGACAUUCUGCGUUGGGCACUCAGGACGAUGACGGUUAUUGUAAUAAAUUGCUGAACGACUCGAC